CUCACGACCAGGUGAGCGAAGGGGAAAACCCGAAGAAACUGAGACCCAAAGCAAAGCUCGCAAACUUGGAAUAUCCAAUGGCGCAAGAGAUGCUCACCUUCCCAAGGCGGCGAGCCCAGGCGCCGCCCUUGCCUCCGCCUGCCACCUCAGUGCGCGAACCGCAGCGGCGGUCGUGGGCGGACGUCCCGGCGGAUAUCCUAGGGAUCGUGGUCGGCCGCCUCCCUUGCGUCGAGGACCGCGCGAGGCUGCGCUCCGUCUGCAGCGCCUGGCGCGCGGCGGCGCGCCGCCACCGACCGCCGCCGCCGCCGCUCCCCCUGCUCGUGCACUCCAACUUCGCCUUCUCCAGCUUCUCCCCCGACGGGGCCAUGACGGGCACGCGUCGCAUCCCGGUGCCUAAGGAGGUGGCGGCUCUCGACGUCCGUUGCGUGGGCUCGUUCGAGGGAUGGCUCGCCGGCGUGCGGCCCAACGAAGGUCGCUACUUUGGUGAUGGCAAGUGCUUCUUGAUGAAUGCUUUCUCCCGGGAUGUGGUCCAUCUCCCACCUCCUUCUGCGUCUUCUCACUUCGUUGAUGCCUACACAAGAUCUCUCCCCAUCAUCAGCGGCUCUGGUGUGGUUGAGUGCACAGUCAGCGCCGCACAGUACGUGAUGUCAUUCUGCAAGGUGAUCUUGUCAGCUUCUCCUGAUUCUGGGUCCAAAUGUAUUGCCGCUGCCAUCUCUGUGCAUAGGAACGGAGCUAAGCUAGCUCUCUGGCGGCCUGGGAUGACGUCGUGGUGCGUGUGCCUUGGUGGCUGCAUCAGCAAGUUCAGUGAUAUUACCUUCUUCCAGGGGAAGCUUUACAUGCUCAGCAAGCUCACCACAAACCUCUAUGCCUUUGAGCUAACUGAUGAUGACCGUGGGCUAAUGGUGUCUUGUGUUGAGCGUUGUGUGCCCCAGCUGCCUGAGGUCAAGGAUAGCUAUGGACUGAGGUGGAACUUGGUAGAAUGGCAUGGAAAAUCAUUGCUUGUCGCCAGAUACUUGGGUGGCGGUGAAGGCUGGCACAACAUUUGUAAGGUUGCAGUAUAUGUAGUGGACUUAAGCACGAAACCUUUUCGAUUUACUGAGAUCAACACCUUGGAUGGCGACUGUAUCUUCAUCAGCCCAUGCAGCACCAAAUCAUUUCAUGCUUGGGAGUAUGACUGCGUGGAAGGCGAAGUUAUCUACUUCAUCGAUGGCUACCUCUACCCUGCUAAAAAUGGCCCUCCAUUUGAUAAGUUCAUGUACAACUUGAGAGAUGGUACAUUGUCAUCUUUUGCUACAGACAUAUCAGAGUGCAACUUCCGGGCACCAGAUGGCAAGCUGAUGAGUCCAACAUGGCUGUUUCCUUCUGAAUGAACUCAUGUACACCAACUCUGAUGUUAAUAAGUCUCGAGUGUAUCGGAAUCCCUGAUGCUGCCUGGCAUGAGGACCGUGGUGUUUGCUUUUCAAGAACUGGAAAAAAAGCACACAUGCUGCUGUCUAAUUUCUGAACUUAUAUGAUGCUUAGACUAUUUUUGGUUCAUUACUCUCUUUUCAAAUUGCUAUGAGUCGGUUCACAUUCGUGGGAAUCAUUACCUAAGUGAGCAGUGGCUUCAUAUUAACUGGACCAUAGUAGUUUGCAAUGCAUCUUUAACAGUUUCUCUUCUUGCAGUUCUGUGGUUGCACUUUUGGUUAUUUCUGCCAGCAGACUAUGGUGACAUCAUUAGUAGUUAAUAUAUCUAGUGGAAUGCUGUGUCUGCAGGAUUUCUUCUUUUGUGAAUAGUCUGCAACCUCAAUUUGAUGAUGACCAGAUGAAAGAUGUUAAAUUUGAUUGAAUCUGUGGAACUGCUGCUCCCUUCCUUAUUGAUGCACGGUAUUAUGUUUGG